GACAGUUCUUGUCUCUUUUAGCGCUUAGCUGGCAAGCUAAAUGCCUAGCAUGUUUCUUCAAAUAGAAAAUACUGAGGUGAAUGCAUGAAGACUUUUAUUUUGAAAUCAGCGACUUAAUGUCAACCGGGCAACCUCUGCCCCAUUUAUUUGCAAUGCUUAGCAAUGAGUCGUCUUAAGUUACAGUAAGAUGCUUGUUGUGUUUUUGAACGUUUUAUCUGAUGUUGAGUGACAAUGGAGCAUUGAUUGUGACGAGUUGGCUCAUGCUUCUCCUCUUUCCUCAAUGAAACAUCUGGCAGCAGCUGUGCAGAGUAACCAUUAUCUGCUGUUAGGGAACCUGUGUUAUGAAAGCGAGGCUGUGGUGAUCAGCAUCGGGACUUAGCAUUAAUGUUGCGCUUGAUCGCAACAUCCCUGUGCCUCCGGUGCCAACGUGUAACAGCCCUACCUUUAAACCUCAGGCCAUGUGUGACACUGAGUUCAGGAGAGAACCAGCAGACCGUGGAGGCUCUCUAUGACCUCUCUGUUGACAUUCAGAAGAUCCGGAAACUCAAGGGCUGGGUCCUGCAUCAGAGCCCAGCCUAUACUAAGGAGGUAGCUGACCUGCUGAAGGACAUGGGGGCCUCGGGCCCAAUAAUUUCCCGGAUUUUAGCAGUUUAUCCUGAGGCGGUCCUCUGUCAGCCAGAGGAGAUGCAGGCUCAGAGGGAGCUGUGGAUGACCGUGUGCCCAAACCAGAAAGAGCUGGUUGGUAUCAUUGAGAAAUUCCCUGCCUCCUUCUUCAUCUCCUCCAGCCACCAUGACAGCCAGCGGAACAACAUUGCUUACUUCCAGAGCUUAAACCUCAACAAGCGAAUCAUCACCAAACUCAUGGCCAGCGCUCCCCAGAGCUUCAGCCGGCCGGUGGAGCAGAACGAGGUGAUGGUGCGCACCCUCCAGCAGGCCUACCGGGAGCUGGGAGGGGAGGAGGCCAACAUGAAGAUCUGGCUUCAGAAGCUGCUGAGCCAGAACCCAUUUGUUCUCCUCAAGCCCCCGGAGGCGCUGAGGCAGAACCUGCUGUUCCUAAGAGACAGAGGCUUCAGCACAGCAGAGCUCCUCCGCCUCCUCUCCAAGCUCAGGGGCUUCGUCACCGAGCUGAACCCGAACAGCAUGCGUCGCACCCUGGCGUACUCCCAGGACACCAUGGGCUGCUCUGAGUCAGAGCUGCGGGACAUUGUCCUCAACUGCCCUGCUCUGCUUUACUACCCUGAAGCCAUUCUGGCUGAGCGCUUUGAGGGGCUCCUCAGAGCUGGGAUCAGCAUGUCUCAGAUCAUGGAGACUCCGACCGUUCUGGAGCUGACCACGCAGAUAGUGAAUUACCGCAUCCAGCGUCUGAGGAUGCAUGGCUAUGACAUAAGGACAGGUAGUCUGGAGGUCUUAAAUGGCACUAAGAAGGAUUUUGAGAUGAGUUAUGGAAAACUACAGCUACGUAGAGAGAGACCACUUUUUAACCCUGUCGCGCCUUUAAAAGUAGAUGACUGACAAAGGUUGAAUGGACUAAUGCAACUAAAUUAAAGCUGUAACUGGAUGCA